UGCACCAAAAGCAUCAAAAGGGAGGGGGCGGGGCAUGCUCCCACCACGCACUGUCCACUGACCAAAGUUAGGAUUUUGACAUCCAAAGUUAAGAUUUUGACACCCUUGGACGCCUAAAGUUGAGAUUUUGACACCCAAAGUUAAGAUUUUGACACCCCCUCUCAGACUCAGUCUCUUCUUCUCUUGCCAGUCAGUCCGUCCGUCCGUCCGUCCCCUUGACAAAACUCCAACUCCUAGAUCUCUCUUUCUCUCCCUCUUCUUUUAAACCCCAAUCCUCAGGCUGCUUUUCUUUCAUCUCCUUCCAAACGACUAUUUCCUUCUUCCUUUUGUCUUUCGCCCUGCCCUCUCACUAUAUGUGGAAGUGUGGGCCGGGCUGAUGGACACCCUGUUUAGAUUAUUUAGUCCUCAAUCCAAUUCGCAUCGGCAAUCUUCCUACGAUCUGAGUCGGAAUUCGAGCAGCUCUAGAUCCUCCGGCGACCCCUCGCUGCACCAGAUCAACGGCGGCUACUACUUGGAGCAGCCCGAUUAUUCGUUCCCUCAUCAGGAUCCGUACUCGUAUCGAGAUCAAGAAUGCGGCACCAACCACCACGGCCUUUUCAUGGAUGAAGACUUCUCCUCCUCCUCCUCCUCCAAGCACUUGGGUGGUCACCGUCCGCCGGCCACGCCGACCCUGGUGUUCGACCCCGCCGCCGCAGCUGCUGACCUCAACCUCGACGUCUUCUCCUCGCCCAUCUCCUCGUCCUCCGCCUCGGGGUCUGGCGGUGGGGGGAGGUGGGCGUCGCAGCUGCUUCUCGAGUGUGCGCGCGCCGUGGCGGCGCGCGACACCCAGCGAGCGCAGCAGCUGACGUGGAUGCUCAACGAGCUGGCGUCGCCCUACGGCGACGCCGAGCAGAAGGUUGCCGCCUACUUCCUGCAGGGUCUCUUCGCUCGGCUGACGGCGUCCGGGCAGCGAACGCUGCGCACCCUCGCUGCCGCCUCCGACCGCAACUGUUCCUUCGACUCCGCCCGCCGGACUGCGCUGCGUUUCCAGGAACUCAGCCCCUGGUCCUCCUUCGGCCACGUGGCUGCCAACGGAGCCAUUCUCGAAGCCUUCCUCGAGGGGACGCCGCAGCGGCUGCACAUCCUCGACCUCAGCACCACCUUCUGCACUCAGUGGCCGACGCUCCUGGAGGCGCUGGCCACGCGCUCCGCCGACGACACGCCGCACCUCACCAUCACCACUGUGGCUGCGGCCUCCUCAUCGAUGCAACGGGUGAUGAAGGAGAUAGGUCAGCGGAUGGAGAAGUUCGCUCGUCUCAUGGGCGUGCCCUUCCGCUUCAACGUCGUCCACCAUGCCGGCGACCUAUCCUCUCUCGACCUCGACACCCUCGACCUGCGCUGCGACGAUUCCGUUUCCUGCCUCGCGGUGAAUUGUGUCAACGCCCUCCACGCCAUCUCACCGAACGGCGGCCGGAGGGGUGGCUUCCUGGCCGCCAUCCGGAGGCUGCGGCCUCAGAUCGUGACGGUCGUGGAAGAGGAAGCCGACCUUGCGGGGGUGGACGGUGGCGACGAGCCGGAGGAAGGGGAGGCGUUCAUGAAGGUCUUUCAGGAGAGCUUGCGAUUCUUCACGGCUUACAUGGAGUCGCUGGAGGAGAGCUUCCCACGCACGAGCAACGAGCGGCUGUCACUGGAGCGGACGGCAGGGAGGGCGGUGGUGGAUAUCGUCUCGUGCGCACCGUCGGAGUCGGCCGAGCGAAGGGAGAAGGCGGCAGUGUGGUCGAGACGGAUGCGCACCGCAGGCUUCGCGCCAUCGGCCUUCAGCGAGGACGCAGCCGACGACGUGAGGGCGCUGCUGAGGAGGUACCGAGAGGGAUGGUCGAUGAGAUCGUCGACCACGGACGCCGACGACGCCGGCGUGUUCCUCGAAUGGAAGGAGCAAGCGGUGGUGUGGGCGAGCGCCUGGAAGCCAUGAGCGGAUUGCGGCGGCGGGGGAGGGGGGCGAUCCAAGGCAUUAUGGCACGUGCAGGGCAGUCAAAAUUCUUCUUCUAAUUGCCCCCCUCACGAAACGGCACGUGCCGAAACUACUCCAUAUGUCGGAAAUCUGUAACACAAAAAGGAGGGAAAACACUGCAUGCAUUGAAUUUCCAUGCUCUUUAA